UAACUGAAGCUUGUGAGUGCAGUAUAUUGAAUUUCCCCUAGAGGACACUGUAGUCGACACCUCCGUACACAAAAACUGUUGGCGGUUAGCAGGCAGCUCCAAGCGGGACCCUUGAAAACAAAAACAGUUCCGUGCAUUCUGUACUCAAUCAGCAUGCUAUUUCAACUGCAUACUUUAUUUAUUUAAGUAUAAGUAGGCGUUUUAAUGUUCUACAUGGUUAGUCAGGAACUAACAUUUAAGUAGCAAUUAAUAUGGCGAUGUCGCUGAACUCGUUCACUUUGUAAUUAAUUGACCCGGUUUGCAAGUUGGCCUCUCUGGAGGGAAACAAAACGGGACAAUAAUGCCUCCCAAGAAGCACCAGCUGAAGCCGACGGCAACCAACGUGUCCAGCUCCUUGGACCUGGGGUCUGAGGACGUCAGUCUGGAGACCACCGUGCCGACCACAGAGGAGGUGUCCUCGUCGGACGAGCAGCGGGAUGCCUCCCAGAAGGUGACCCGUCAGCUGAUCGAGAGGAAGGAGCUGCUGAACACAGUCCAGAUGCUAAAAAUCGAACUUUCUCAAAAGAAUCUCCUCAUUGACAACAUGAAGGCUGAUUAUAUGUCAAAGACCGAGGAGCUGGAAGAGAAACUUAAUGAUGCCCUGCAUCAGAAACAAGUGUUGUCCUUGAGACUGGACAGCCAGUUGAAACUUGCCGAGGAGGAAAACAGGAAACAGCAGGAGCUGCGUAAGCAGGAGACGGAGGCCAUCCUUCUCCGGCAGCAGCAGCUGGAGGAGACCAACCGGCGGCUCUGCGAGACGGCCAGAGAGCUGCGGAGGUCCUUCAGGGACCUGGACAUCUCCCAGGACAGGUACGAGGAGCUCCGCGGCAUCCCAGAAGACAAGGUGUCCAUACAGGAAUACAUAGCUAUGCGUUUCUACGAAGCUGUGACUGCUCUGCGAACKCAGCUGACUCAGCUGAGUGAGCAGAAAAGCUAUCUGACUGAGGAGUUGGACUUGCACAGAACCAAGAUGAAGACUUUGAUGGAGAGCUACGAGGAGGAGCGGCGCCGUCGUUCCGAGCUGGAGCUGAGGAGCCAGAGACUGACCUUAGAGCUGGCUGACACCAAACAGCUGAUCCAGGAAGGGGACUACCGCCGGGACAACUACCCCAACAUCAAACGUGAGCGUGAUAACUUCGAAGGGGAGCUGAAGGAGUUAAAGAGGAGAUUCGACACGGUYGACUUGUCUCACGCUGCCUUGACCAGAGAGCGAGACGCCCUCAGCAACGAGGUGGCGACGUUGAAGCAGUCGGUGACCCUCCUGCAGAAGGACAAGGAGUACCUCCACAGGCAGAACCUGGAGCUCAGUGUUCGCUGUGCGCACGAAGAAGAUCGCCUCGAGAGGCUGCAGGUACAAUUAGAAGACACUAAGAAGGCCAGGGAGGAGGCCUAUGAAAAAUAUGUAGCAUCCAGAGACCACUAUAAGUUGGAGUACGAGCACAAGUUGAGAGAUGAACUGGAGAACAUCCGACUAAAAACCAGUCAGGAGAUAGAGAACCUGCAGAGAACCUCCAGAGAGAUGUAUGAGAGGGAGAACAGACAUUUGCGAGAGGCGAGAGACAACGCAGUUCUGGAGAAGGACAGAGCCACAGCUGCCGAGAGAGACGCUCAGUCCAGAUACGACCAAAUGUUGGAGCAGUAUCGUCAGCUCCAGCUGGGCACCGACGGCCGAGUCACAGAACUGUCCAACCAGGCCAAGCUGCACUCCUUUGAAGCCGAGCGAGCUCAAAUGCUCAAGGAAGAGACGGCGAAGGCCCUGGGCCAGUGCCAGCUGGAGUGUGAGAAACAGCAGAAGAAACUGGAGCUUCUCACUCAGGAGUUUUACAGGCUACAGACGUCAUCUGAGAAGCGGGUGGCGGAGCUUCAAGCUCAGAAUGCCGAGUGGGCAUCUCGUCUGGAGACGUAUGAAAAGCUUGAGCAAGAGCUGGACCAGGUCACCAUGCAGGCAGCUGAAAUUGAGGAUGAGGAGGAGGCAGAGAGAGUUCUGUUUUCAUAUGGCUACGGAGCAAAUGUCCCCACAACAGCAAAACGAAGACUUAAACAGAGUGUUCACCUGGCCCGCAGGGUGCUACAGCUCGAGAGGCAGAACACAUCACUGAGGAGAGAGCUGGAGAGGCACAAGUCACAGGCGGGACAAAUAUCUCAAGAGUUAUCCGCAACCAACCAGCUGUUGCAGCAGGCGCAGCAGCCUCACAGCUAUCUGAUCGAGACAGUGAAAGAAAGAGAUGCACAGAUCAGCAGGCUGAAGGAGCAUGUCUCCUCUCUUGAGGACGACGUCAGUUCUCUGAGGAAAGAGCGUAACGUUCUGCAACAGGUGAAAAACAACAUGGCAGCCGACCUGGAGCGACUUCUCAACAACAGAGAGGAGUUGGCUAUGAUGAAGCAGAUUCUAAUCAGCAUGCGGUCCAGUCAGGGGGAGGUUUUAGCCGCGUUAGAAACCGAUCAUGGUGGGACGAAGAGCUCGGGAACAGGAAAACAGCAGAGCAAACGUAUCAACAGGACUGUCGAGGAAGAAUCACCAAACAAGCCCAAACCUACUGUUUUUACCAAGAAAGACGUUCCUGAUUGGUACCAGAAGCUACAGCCGAAACCAAAAUGAGGCUUUGCGUCACUACUGUGCUCAAUUGGAUCGUGUACUUUUCUAAUUUAUUUUUAGGCUGUUUUUAAAUUUGUAAAUUACUCUUUUUCCCCCUCACACCUAAAGAACCUUUAAAUACAAAAGCAAAGAUAAAAUGCUA